AUGUCGCUGAUUCCUUACCAGCCCCAUGAGGGCCGGGAGAUCGUUCUGUACGUCAUAAGUUAUGUCGACCCCGAUUACUUUCGCAUGCUUCGCGCUGUCAACGCGAACCCCGAUUCGACUACAGAUCAUACGCCUCCAAGCCCUGUGAGGAGACUUUUCGGACCUGCCCUCGGCGCUGCUGGUAGCUCUCCAAGCCCAACCUCGCCGUCUCCAGAUAUCCACGACGGCAACGCCGAGUUCCUUUCGAGUACGCCUGGUGUUGCGCAUACCGAGGGCAGCAGAAUUCGAAGAAACGCCUUCAGUCCCAAUUACUUUAAUUCCUUCUUUGUCGAGGAACGUGAGCUGGGUCGAGGAGGCAAGGGAGUCGUCCUACUUGUGCGCCACCAGAUUGACGGCUGCCCGCUGGGUCAGUUUGCUUGCAAACGAGUUCCUGUCGGAGACGACCAUGCCUGGCUUGAAAAGGUUCUUAUCGAAGUCGAGUUGCUUGCCAAGCUAUCCCACCCAAACCUUGUGUCGUACCGACAUGUCUGGUUGGAAGACUUCCAGCUCACUCGUUUCGGGCCCAGUGUCGCCUGUGCCUUUAUUCUUCAGCAGUACUGCAAUGGAGGCGAUCUUCACCAGUACAUUGUCGGCGGAGCGCCUCGCGAGGCCACCAAAGAAGAGCUCAAGGCCCAGAUGCGCCGAAGAUCCAAGGGCCAGCUCGACCCUCCUGUGGACCUCUUUAAUGGCAACCGCCAAUUAUCCUUUGAUGAGAUUUACUCACUCUUCAGAGAUAUUACCUCUGGCGUGGCAUAUCUCCACGCUGCCAACUACAUCCACCGCGACCUCAAACCGAGCAAUUGUCUGCUGCACCACGAGGGCGGCAGACUCACAUGUCUGAUCAGUGACUUUGGUGAAGUCCAGUCUGAGAACGUUGUGCGCAACUCCUCAGGGACUACUGGAACGAUAUCCUACUGCGCCCCGGAAGUCCUAAAACUGGACCCGGCCACAGGACGCUACGCAAACUUCACCACAAAGUCCGAUAUCUUUGCGCUCGGCAUGAUUUUGUAUUUCAUGUGUUUCGGAAGGCUUCCCUAUAAGAGCGCGAAUGCCAUCCAGGAAGAGCUUGAGGAUGUCGAUGAACUCAGAGCAGAGAUUACUCAGUGGAAGGGCUUCCAGGAUGAGCGACGUGAGCGACCAGACCUUCCUUCUAAGCUCUAUCAGCUCCUCAAGAGGCUGUUGUCACUCAACCCCGCCGAAAGACCCAGCGCCAACGAGGUGCUCAAGGCCAUGAGCAUGCGAGAUACGAUGAGCUUUGACAAUGGGGUAAGGGAAGAAGCCGCCCCUGGACUUGGCCUGAAUGGAAGCCGAGUUCAAAAUCUUGACUCGCCCGCUCCCCCGGGUACACCAGUCACCGGUUCCCGGCACCGUCACCACUCGAGCACAGCGGACAAGUUUGAGGAGCUUGGAGCUUUGGCUCGACCUACCUCGCGAGAUUUGUCGCCAUCGAAGAGUACACAGAGCUCUCGUCUGGAUCCAAACCGCCAAUCCGUCUCUCGUCAUCGUACCGCACACUCUAUGGUUCUUUCUCGCAGCCAAGAAGGCCGUCGUCGUAGUUCUAUCGUGGCCACUGUGAGAGACGCCCCUGAAGUACCGGAGUUGAACGAGAGGAGGAGCUCGCAAAGCCCUCCACUGCUAUUGGCGCCUCCGACUACUACCUCCAACGCCUUGAGAGACAGGCUGCGCAUGUUUCUCCUUGAAAUUGUUACCAUGGCAGGGCCGAGCUUGUCUCUCCUGAGCUACAUCAUCCGUCUGGGCCUCUUUGCUGUCAAAAUCACUUCCUUGACACGCCCCUGCUGGCCCUUUAUGGUGCAGCUCAACAUUGCUAUCCCCCUAGUGGCCGUCGCGGCCCUGGACCUUGGUCUACCUCGACUAACGAGCUACCCACCAGCAUCAAGAGAUUACUUUACAAGCGGACCGCGCGCCUGGGGCUUAGGAACGAGUUUGAUCUUGUUGGGUCUUCACUUUACCCUGCUCUGGAUUGCGUCUGGUUGGGACAAUUUCUGUGCUGCCCCUCAGCAGGAGGAAUGGACACCACAAGAGUGGUGA